AUCGAGAAGAAAAAUAAAAAAGGAGGGGCAACAUAGUAAUUUUAAAAAUUCCCUGUUCUCCUCCUCUAACCCGAAAACAGCGUUUCCCUUGUUCCCGUGACGAAAUUGAGAUCUGAUAGGACGGCAACGAUGGAGAACAACGGUGGUCUCAUAUCGAAGGAGAAGAUCGAUCAGGUAGCUACCUGGGUCGGCUCCACCGUCUCUUCCGCUUUCUUCUCCUCGUUGGAACGCUUUUCCUGCGUCAACAUCGCCACCUCUGACCCCGAUAACGAUGACGACGACGACGAUUACUCCUCCACCACAACCACUCCUACCGCCGCCGCAACCACCACCACCACUGCCACCGCCAAUCCCCCUUCCGCUCCAGUCAACGGCCACAAAACAAACGACGUCUCCAACCUCCCCGUUUGAGUCUCAACGACGUCGUUGCUGCGCUGUAUAGACCUUUUCCUCCUUAUCUGUGUCCGAUUUCCAUUUCUACAACUGCUCUGUCAUGAAAUUAUAUGCCUAUUUACAUAUAUAUAUAAAUAUGCUUAAAUAUUUCUAUUAAUUACAUUUUAUGAUAUUUCUCUAGCUUUUAUGCUAUUGUAAAUUUUGAAUUUGUUGGACAAGUCUUUGAGUCGUUGAAGACUUUCGUAUUAAUCCUGGAUCUAAUUGUAAUGCUCAAGCGAUGCAGUCGGAUGGAGCACAAUUUCUGAACUCUGUUUGCAAAUUUUUGUGGCUAGCUAGAUCUAAGUCUAAUGGUGGGUUUGGUUGAGCGAGUGAGUUUUUACGUUGCUAAGAACCACUCACAGAAAAUUCUGUACCCUGGUGAUAAUGGUUUUAAUGUUAAGCAAAUGAGAUGAAAUGUGUUGAAAGAUGAUGUGUGGGUCGGGACCUUCUGUAAAUGUUUAGACUUAUUGGAUGGAUGUAGAAAGAUGUCUAAGUGAUAAAGAAAGAUAUAUCAUUGCAGAUUUGCAGUAUUGCCUAUUAUUGCUUCGACAUAUCAAAUAAAUGUGUCAACACUACAUAAGAACACUCAUGGUUAAGAUAAGGUUUAGUACUGUAGUUAUUUACAGCUGGUAUUGGUAUACAUUAUGCCCCAAAUCUUACUUAAUAAGCUGGUGAUAAGUCCUAGUUUCAAUGCAUUAGGGUGCCAACUAAUUGCUUUGGUUUGGACUUGGAGCUGAUGCCCAGUCCCUGAUGAAAUUUGCAUACUCAACACUUUGGUUCUUGUGGGGAAAAAAAUUAUCAAGGACUUUUAAUUUCUUUUAAUAUAGCCUAAAAAGUGAUUUUAUUUUCUUGUUAUGUUUUCUGUAAAAAUUUAUGAUGGCUAUGAUAGUAUGCUGGGAUGGAAAACCAAACGGAAUGAAGCAGCUGGUAUGGAGAUUUAUUUAACAGUGGGAAUUAUAUGAGGGGUUUAGUGUUAUACUUCCGAAAGCUAAUAUUCAAUUACUCAGACAUAAGAAUUUUAAUGCAGUAAAUUCAAAAUUCCUUUUAUCAAUAUUUUCUAUUAACACUAGGAGAGAGACUUGAUAAAACAAUUUAGCUGGUCUCACUUAAUGUAAUAAGGCGCUGUAAUUGUUGUUUAGUAUAAAACAAUGACUUGUCAAUUGUUGUUUGGUUUAGUCCAAAAAAUUUAUGAAGUCUGUACAAGAAUAUCUGCCAUGGAAGUAGAAUUGUAAAGUCAACUUCAGAGUGUGUAUGAUUUUCCAUUAAUACGAAUUUCCAAGCAUGUAAACGAAAAAGUAAUAACUUGUUGCUUCCUAUCAAACAUGCAAUAGGGCAAGAGGCUUUAUCACCAAUGGAAAACUAAACACAGAUUUAGAGCUUAUUUGGUGAACAAGAUAUGAUAGAAAAUGAUAAGAUAUGAAAGUCGUAUAUGAACAUGAUAGGAUAGGAGUAUCCUAGGACUCUUAUCUUAUUUUACAUUUGAUGCUUAUCAAAAUAUUAAAUUAAAUACAUUCUGUUAUCCUAUCCUUUCUAUUUCUAAUCUAAGUUCCCUAUCAGAUAAAAUUUACAUUAGAGUUAGAUAUAAUAAGUCUAUAGAAUAAACUUAUAUUUUGUUAGAUAAACAAACAUUAAAAAUAAGAAAAGUUAUUUUAUCUUGUCUUAACUUUUUCACCGAAUGGAUUCUUAGUUUUAGAAUGUGUUCAGAGGGUAAGAUUUUCUGCACGGUUAAUUCUUGUUAAAUUUGAUACUUUGUACUGAAUCUAAGCUUAAGAAAGGUUGUGAAGUGGAGUGCCCUUUACUUUUUGGUUAGAGGGAUGGUGGAUAUGGGUAAUAAAUAUCUCUAAUGGAGAUGUUUAGCGCAAUAUGUUCCUAAUAUAGAGCAUGCUUUCUAGGUUAAAUCUUUCUUCUCUUCCCUGCUUGACUCUUUACAUGUACUGAUGGGUGGGUGAAUUACUCACUCUGUAUAGCCCCUAUAUGACAGAUGUGUUGCUUUUGUAGUUGCAAAUAAUAACUUACAGAAAGCAAAAAAUAAUCAUAGUAGAUCAACACUAUCAUGUUCACUGCAUAGGUGAAAAAACUUUUCUUCCUACGUAGCUUUUGACAUUUACCGGCAGGUCAGCAUGCAGUGCUUCUCUCUCUGGCAGACAAUCCCUACCUGCUGCUUCUUUACCCCGAACCACUGCAGUAUUAUAACCAAUUUAUUUACCAUCGAAUUAUACAACAUGAACAAUACAGUUAAGUGCUCUUGUGAGUAUUUUACCGGUUUUACUGAUCUCCAUUCUCCUUCCAGCAUAGAAGCAUGACUAUGCAUCGUCGAAUUAUGUAAAGCUUCGCUCUCUUCUCCUUCAAAAUUCUACUCUUUGUUGCCGGAAAUUUGGCUUCAUUUUCUGAAGAUGUGAAAUCUUCCAUGACCUUGUUUCUUUUUUGCCUUCUACUUGCACCUGUUGGAAUUCUUCUGCUGUGUUAUGAGUUUAAGGAAUUUCUCAGGUAGAAAGAAGUCUUUGUGUUUGUAGGAGUUACUUUAAUUAUGCUUCAGUUUGCUUUGAAUUUGAAGUCAAUGAAAGUGGUGAAAGUAAAGGCAAAUAGUAUUUCAAGUUAGCUUUCUGCGGUCAAACAUAGAAGCUGAUUUUGUGCUUGCAGUCGUGGUCUUGGGCUUCUCUGGUCUAACGUCCGGAAUCCCAGGACUGCUGUCUUCUCUGCUCUGUUUCUCUAUUUACUGUCAAAAGACAAAUAAACUGCCUUGCCUCUUGGCCAUGCAUUAAUUUUUAUUAGAGAAGUAUAAAUGCUUAAGAUUGACUCAGCGGGUCUCUCUUCGUCAUGAUGCUGUCAAACUUGUAAGAGAAACAUACAAAUAAUUUAUGGAUCUUUGCACUCGGUGAGAUUCUUGUCUCUCAAAAACCAUUAUGUUUUAAAACAAAAUGUGAGGUAUCAAAACUGAAUCGAAUGUCAGCAGAAUCACCAUUUUUUUGUUCCUCUUCUCAUAUUUAGACAUGGAAUUGUUUGUUGUCAUGUUUUAUUAUUAUUUUAAAGUUUUUUGAGAUGUUUGAUGCGAAUACGUAUGAAUAUUAACUCAGACCUAAGUGGGCGUGGGUAGUAAUACUGUUUAUCGGCACGAGAGAAAAAAAUAAUAAUUAAUAAUGAAGCUUUAGGGAUAGGUUUUAUUCUUAUCUUGUCAUUAUUUCGCUUUCUUUCGUAUAAAAGUGUUCAGAUUAAAAAAAGUGUGCAAUUGCAGCAAUAAAUUGAAGUACAAUUCAAUAUUUUUUGGCUGUGUCUUAAUUAUCCGUUUCGAUUGAGGGAAACAGAUUUAAGACUAUGUAAGUCUCCGUUCCCGUUUGUGUUAAAUAGACAUCAAUGGGUUAGAUGGCCACUUGUGUCCUGUGUUACGUAUAUUUUAGUUUUCGUUCACGACAUUGUCCAACACGAAGAGCACUUGAAUUUCUUCGCCAUUAGGAUGCCUCCGAUUAAGAAAUGAAUCAGAAUUUUAGAGUUCUGAGAAGUUCAGUACGCAGGAAUUCAAGAGAUGAAUAGACAUUUAAGAGAGUCAAGCUCAAUCGAAAGUCUUAUCGUACGAGAUAAGCCACUACUUGUCCGAAAAAAUAGCCACUACUUUAGAGAAUUUGUUCUAUUUCAGUAACCUUCAUUUCAAUCGUGAAAGCGGAUACAAGAUUAUGUCCAUGAUGGCAUUCAUUGUGUGGCAAAGCUUCUAGUGUUUGGUUAGAGUACAGAAUUUAUAUGAAAUAAUGAUCACCCUCAGGAUUUGCUCAGAUGAGAAAAAAACAAAAUACAGAUAAGGUAAUGAUGUUGUUUAGUUGAAGAGAAAAUGGAAGAAAAGAAGAGAUAAAAAAUAUUUUAAGAAGCAAAAAGAAAAAACUCCAUUUUAAAUUUCAAUUUUUUGGUCUCUGAUCAUUUUCUUUCCUUCCAACCAAACGGAGAGUUAAGUGUGUGUGUGUGUAUGUGUUGAAUGAGGUUAGAGUGCAUCAUUUUUUUUUAAUGAGAUUGAUAUUAUUGCACUUCUUUUUAUAUCAUCCAC